AUGCCUAUUAUCAACGCCUCAGUCCCUCCUACCACCACCGACGACACUCACUACGUCGUCUACUUUGCCUCAGGCGAACCCUCCUGGUGCCCUGACUGCCGCAAUGCACUGCCCGCUCUGAACGCCGUCUUUGGCGACGCCUCAGCUCCUACUGCUCAUCUCGUCAUGGCUGGUUCGCGCGAGGAGUGGAAGGGAAACCCAAACAACAAGUACCGCCAGGCACCUUACAACAUACAGUGUCUUCCUACUGUCGUGAAGGUCAAAUAUGGCGAGGAGGUUGGACGUCUUGGUGACCAAGAGAGUCAGAAUGAGUCUGAUCUCCGCAAGCUGAUGAAGCAAUAA